UCUGUUUGCUACGAAGGAUGCGAAACACACAGUUACACGCACUCCAUUAAAUUUAACACGAUUGAGUCAAGCUGCCGCUAAGAAGGACAGCUUGCGGACACGGCAUUUAAAGGUGCAACUUUCACUUUCUGAUCCUAAAAGUGUUGUCGGAUUGACUUCCUAAAGUGUGCUCAGAAAGUGAAAAUUAAAAUUGCACUUUUAAAUGCCGUGUCCCCAAGCUGCCCUUAGCGGGCGUGACUCCUGUUCCCCGCCCUGUUGUGUUUUUUUAACAGUUGAUUUGAUAUAAGACUGGGCAAGAUUUUGCUGAGUCAUCCUGAAGUUGCUCCUUUCCUAAGACUUGAGAGAGUCGCCUUGUGCCGCCGCGGUGUGUCCCUUUCCAGGUUUCCUUCAGGUACUAAGUUGUGGCAUACAUUGUUUGAAAUGCGUGUGUGCUGCUUCUUGGCAGAAAAUCGAGCUCUUUAGGACUUGCAUCUCCAUUUCCAAGGAAGGAUGGCUGCAUCGAGGAAAGUUAUCAAGAUUGUGCACAGCCAAGAGCAGUCAGAGGGAGUUGGAGCUCGUGUUCGCAGGAGUAUUGGCAGACCUGAGUUAAAAAAUCUAGAUCCAUUUCUGCUACUUGAUGAGUUCAAAGGAGGCAAACCAGCCGGUUUUCCUGAUCAUCCUCACCGAGGUUUUGAAACUGUAACCUAUCUACUGGAGGGUGGAUCCAUGGCCCAUGAAGACUUUUGUGGCCAUGCAGGUAGACUGAAUCCAGGAGACUUGCAGUGGAUGACAGCCGGUCGAGGUAUUCUCCAUGCAGAGAUGCCGUGCUCUGAGGAGCCAGCCCAUGGCCUGCAGCUUUGGGUCAAUUUGCGGAGCUCUGAAAAAAUGGUGGAGCCUCAGUACCAAGAACUGAAAAAUGAAGAAAUACCCAAACCUACACAGAAUGGUGUGACAGUAUCUGUAAUUUCUGGAGAGGCACUGGGUGUAAAGUCUAAAGUGUAUACUCGUACACCAACACUGUAUCUGGAUUUCAAGUUAGACAAAGGAGCAAAGCACACACAGCCAAUUCCUAAAGGUUGGACAGCCUUUAUUUAUGCACUCUUUGGCAAUGUAUAUAUUGGUCCUACUGAUGUUCAGCAAAAAGUCGAGCCCCACCACACUGCUGUGUUAGAUGAUGGUGACUGCGUCCAGCUAGAAAACAAGGAUCCUGAAGUAAGCCAUUUUGUCUUAGUGGCUGGGGAGCCAAUUAAGGAAACUGUGGUACAACAUGGUCCCUUUGUGAUGAAUACCAAAGAAGAAAUUCAGCAAGCUUUUAAUGACUUCAGAAAUGCAAGAAAUGGAUUUGAGCGAGCAACCACUUGGAAAUCAAAGAUUGGAAAUUAAUCUAUGACAAUGAUUAGUUCAUCUUUAAUUGGGAUGUCAAAAGUGGUUGACUUUAUAUUUGAUGUAUAAUGUGAGCAUUCUUGCUUUUACUUAUGAGCAUCUCCACUCGCUGGAGUUAAUCAUGUUGGUUUGCCAGGCUGAGUCCAAAAAGAAUAGGUCUCUAAUAUGUGUUGACCCAAAGUAACCUGUUAAAACUGAUAUAUACUCAUAUAUAGCAAUCUGUAAAUAAUUUUUUCUCUAACAGAAUUGUGUUCUAUUUCCCUGUAAUACAAGUAUUCAUUGUGUAUGUAUAACCUUUCUUUAUAUAUCAAAAAUACUUAAAAAUAAAUAAAUAAUAGUUCUUUGAAAAA